AUGGUCACGGACGACUCAAUCGAAUACACGCAGGAGGCUACCCAGUCCACGCAACAGGCGUCCCAGUCUCAGCCAGUCGUUCAAAAUGAGGCACACCUCUGGGGCUUCUUGCAACCAUGUAGUUCGGAAUUGACGCGGAUUGACCUAUGGAAAUCGAUUCCGAUAUAUCAAUUCGGGCGGAAUGAGAAUAAAACUGCUGGCAAUAAUAUUGUUUUUCCCGGGCUGAAGAUCAGCAAUAUUCACUGUACAAUUGAAUGGGACGGAAGGGAAGAUAUAAACAGCACUAUUACUGUGCACGACAAAUCUAGCAAUGGAACAUUCAUUAACGGUGCACGGAUUGGCAAGGGUCAAUACGGCAUUCUGCGCGAAGGAAAUGAGAUUGCUUUCGGAACGCCGCAUCCUCAAGAGAAUGCUAUGGAGGACUAUCGUUUCUUAUUCCGUCUUACAGCCGGUGGACCCCCAGUGACUGGAUUCUACAAAGAAUACGAUGUCGGCCAGCAACUGGGUAAGGGCACGUUCGCUUCUGUAUACAAAGCCAUCCACAAAGAGACUGGUCAAUGGUACGCCGUGAAGAUCAUCGACCUCAGCAAAGUGAGAAAGCCUACCGAAGCCGAUGCGAAUGGCAAACCCAAGAGCAAGACCUCCACCUUCGGUCGCGAGAUCAUGAUUCUCGAGUCGCUGCAGCAUCCAAACAUAUGUCAGCUAAAAGAAGCCUUUUUCCAGACCGAGAUCAAAACUAUCAAUCUCGUCUUGGAGCUGGUGGAAGGCGGCGACCUUCUCGACUAUAUCCUAAAGCGAGGCGGCGUGGUUGAAGCGGAGGCACAGCAUCUCGCGUACCAAAUAUGUGACGCCUUGGCCUACAUACAUAGUAGGGGCAUCGCCCAUCGAGAUCUAAAACCCGAGAAUGUCCUCCUGACGAAGGAUUCCCCGCCCGUCGUGAAAGUCGCAGAUUUUGGUCUCGCUAAGGCUGUUGAUAGCCUGACUAUGCUUAGGACUAUGUGUGGCACACCCAGUUAUCUCGCACCGGAAGUUGUCACACAAACAUCUAGCAAGGAAGGAUAUGAUCAGAUCGUCGACAGCUGGAGCGUCGGGGUGAUAGUCUUCUCGAUGCUUACCAACACUAGCCCAUUCUUAGAGAACUCCAAGCUUGAGCUUAUGCCCAGGAUAGUUCAAAGAAGUAUCGAUUGGUACACGCUCGAGAACUGCGGGGCGUCACCAUACGCCGUUCAGUUCGUCCGUCGACUUCUGGAGACUGAUCCCAGCCGGCGAAUGACGCUGGACCAAGCUCGUUUUGACCCAUGGCUGCAACAGUACACUAAAGCCUAC